CGUGCACUCUGUUUUAAAGCACCAAACUAGGAAACGCUCGCGCAAAUGGCGUCUUCACAACAAAUCGGACUAACCAGCUGAUUCUUCCAAACUACAUGGAGUCCUAAGGUCGUUACUCAGAUGGUCUCCGUGAGAUCAGGACCUGUCAAGGCAAGCGAUGUCUGUCCGCAGCCUGAGCUACACAGCCAGCUAGCUAAAUGUUGUACAAUGUUGGCUAUUGCGCCCUGGCUAAUCUGCGAUUAACUGUCUGGGGGUUCAGGUCCUUUGGCAAUAAUCUGUGGGGAAUAUAAGGACUCCAUACACAGCGAGUUUGUAGCUCGUCAAGUUGUGACAAACUCAGGCCUCUUCUUUGAAGUUCUGCGGUAGGUAGCCAUGACCACGGCCCGGUAUCGGCCCACCUGGGACUUGGCCCUGGACCCGCUGGUCUCCUGCAAGCUGUGCCUGGGAGAGUUCCCCCUCGAGCAGAUGACCACCAUCACACAGUGCCAAUGUGUCUUCUGCACACUGUGCCUGAAGCAGUAUGUGGAACUUCUCAUUAAAGAGGGCCUUGAAACUGCUAUUAGCUGCCCAGAUUCCGCCUGUCCAAAACGAGGACAUUUACAAGAAAACGAGAUCGAGUGCAUGGUGGCAUCUGAGAUAAUGCAGAGAUACAGGAAGCUGCAGUUCGAGAAAGAGGUGCUGCUGGACCCGUGCCGGACAUGGUGCCCGUCAUCGUCGUGCCAAGCCGUGUGCCAGCUUAAAGAGCCAGACGCCUCGCGGCCCCAGCUGGUGCACUGCGGCAGCUGCACGCUGGAGUUCUGCUCAGCCUGCAAGAGUGGCUGGCACCCGGGUCAGGACUGCCAGGAGAACCCACCCAUCACCGCCUUCCUGCCCGGGGAGACCAGUUCUUUCUUUAAGAGUGACGAUGAUGACGCGCCUAUAAAGCGCUGUCCAAAAUGUAAAGUCUACAUCGAGAGAGACGAGGGCUGUGCUCAGAUGAUGUGUAAGAACUGCAAGCAUGCCUUCUGCUGGUACUGCCUGGAGUCUCUGGAUGAUGACUUCCUCCUGAUCCAUUAUGACAAAGGCCCCUGCCGAAACAAGCUGGGCCACUCCAGAGCCUCCGUGAUCUGGCACAGAACGCAGGUGGUGGGUAUCUUCGCCGGGUUCGGCCUGCUGCUGCUGGUAGCCUCUCCGUUCCUGCUCCUGGCCACGCCGUUUGUGCUCUGCUGCAAGUGCAAGUGUAGCAAAGGCGACGACGAUCCCCUGCCGACCUAACGGCACGGGGGGUGUGAGGAGACGCCGUCCGGGGGGCGGGGGGGGGACCGCCCCAGCCGUCUCCUUUCCUCGGUUCUUUUCGUUCUCCCUCGCCGCCCCCACCCCACCCAUCCUCCGGCUUGGAGCUCUUCAUCAACCCAGCGGGGCCCGCCCGUUUGAAGCCACGCCGCGGCCCAUCCCAUGUCCCACGCCGGCUCUGCUCUCCAGGGUUGCUGCGCAGGGCCUGGGCCAACCCGGGCCGGCAAGGCCUCGCACCUGUGAACAGCACCGUAUGGUAGACUGGACAGGUGGGCUGCUGAAGCCUGCCCUCAGUAACGUGGUUGCUACACACUGGGUGACUGACUGGAAACUCUUCUUCCUCUGCGAGGGCUGGGUUGGUUUCCCGCUGCUUCUGGAGGGCUCUUCAAAGGAAUUGGUAUUCACACUACAGUUCUUGCAGCUCAGUGUGCAUAGUAGCACUUUGGUCACCCACCACUAUCCCUGGUUCUCAGUCCUGCACACACAAGGGGCUCCUCUGUCACUUUAAGACCUGCUGUGUAAGCAGCAACCUGUUUAGAUGUACAGCAUGAUUUAUACUUAUUUAAAGAUAGACUUUACAUUGGAGAUGGGCUUUUCAUUGCAACGAGUUAGAACUUGUUUUAAGGUGUGGGUGUGUGUGUGGGGGUGUGUUGUUUGUUUUGUUUUUUUCUUUUCUUUUCUUAUUCAUCCAAGGACACAAAAAGAUCCUUGAAGAACACUCAGAUUAACAUUUGUUCUAUUGGCAGAAUUUAGUUGGCAAUUGAGGUUAUCUGUUCCAUGCUAGAAUCGACAUGGACUUUAUUUAUCCAGUUGCACUUAGUCAUUCUCUAAAUCUGAAUGGCUGGCAGUGAUAUUCCCGUUUGACACAUCCUUUUAUGUUUGCAUUUACUGUCUCAUUGAAACUCUGAGCAUUCUCCCCCAAACAGCAUGUGAAAUGAUUCUAUGGAAACUAUAUUGCAUUAAUUUAAGAGCCUAAACAAAAAGCACUUAAAGAAUUCAGGCUCCUAAAUAAUAAUGUUUUUAAAACAAAACGUUGUCAAUCCCUCCCUGACACCUUUCAAGGAAAUCUCUGCAAAAUGCAGUCCAACAAACCUCAUUAAUGUCAUGACAGUCACCUGUGUCUAAAUGUCUACGGUAAACACUCUCCUUAAAUGCAGUGUAUCUGGAGUUACUUAAGUAUAACCCAACAGUGUACUUUACAGUAAUUCUAUAUGUUCCAUGUCAGAUAGUUGGAAACUUGCAUGUCUUGGUUCACUCAUGUCCACCUUCAUGACUUGAAACAGAGGAUAUAUCAAAAAGACAGUAAUUCUAAACUGGCUGAUGUCAAGACUGUUCGUGUGUGCUCAUUUAAGUCUAGCACUAUAUCUAUGCAAGUUUAUACAACUUGAAGAUUGCAGAAAAUGUGGUUCGUGCAGUCCUAUUGUGCAUUUAGAAAUACUGUAGGCAAGAGCUGCAGUCUUAACUGCUAUAGCCAAUGCUGUCCAGCAUAUCCUUGGCUGUAACCUUCUGCCCGGUGUACAUCAUGGCAACCAGACCAUAUUGUCUGAAAAAGAAUGUCAUCUGAGGAUUCAUUAGGAGCUUAUUAUCUUAUUUUGUCGACAGAAAUCUUGCCUGCGGCUCUUGAUGAGUGUCGCAUGCGUCAUCAGGCUCCCUUGGAUCAUGUAAUACAAAAUAAUGAAAAUCAGUACUGCUGAAUUUGUCACAUGGCGAGCAGCAGAGGUUGAGUUGAAGUAGCUGGAUAAUAUGUAGCUCACUGGAAGACCUUUAGAAUCUCAGCCGUGUUCCCUACACCAUGUGUACAUUAAGUGUAGUAUGGGGGAUUCAUAUGUCUGGGUGAGUUUGGGUGAUUCGUCUCUCCUUUGAGCUUCAGUAGGGUUUUGAAUCUCGUCGUGUUAAAGCCUUGUUUGUACGUUCUAACUGUUCUCGAGUAGCUAUCUGCAUUAAGACAGUUUUAGCCUUACAUUCUGAGUACCUCACUUGGGUUUUGUUUUCUACAUAGCUUUGACCCCCCCCCCCCUUUCAUUCAUUCUCAGGUUCUCCUAGAUUAAGCAUUCUGUCACUGAUAUUUCAUUGUGUGUAGAUACAGUUUUCAAAUUCAUCCAUGGAUGACAAUCGUGCCAAGCAGGUUUUUAAGAUGCUGAUGGGAGGUUGCUUUUGACGAGGUGAAGAAACACCUUUUUGUGUUUGUAGUUUACCUCUUGACGUUGUAUGAUCUACAUAUUUUUUGAAUGGUUGCGUCAUGUACAGUACAUGUAUGUAUAUGGGCCUUGGAUUUUAUUACACAUUCAUUUUUCCCAUUACUUGUACACUUCAGGGACUAGGUUGAUUUCGCAAGACCACAUUUAGCCUGUUUAGCACACUGCAUACACCGAGGUAUAUAACCUGACGCCCACAUCAUUUCAAAGGCAAAUUGUCUUUCAUUCAUUGGUAAGCAUUUUCUCUACAUAAAAAUAACUCCAGAAAACUAACAUAGUAAUAGGUCUGUUGGAUAGCAGGAAGUCAUUCCCCCACUGCCAACCUAUGCCUCUUGUAUUUAAAAAAUAAUAAGUAAAUAGGGGGCUAUUUUUAUUUGUUCAGCUAUCUGACACAUGUUGGACAAAUUGAUCAAGAAGACAGAGAUCAGUUGUAUAGUUUUCAGUUAUGGUUGGGUGUUUAGUUAGUUAGUUUGUUUUUUAUGCAUGCCUAGUUUUUUUGGUUGGUUGUUUUUUCUUUUCUUUUUACUAAUACUGCAGUGGUUCAUUUGUAAGCGUCUGUGUAACUCCACAGCUUGGCUAUUCCAAAUAUUUCUGACCUGCAUACCUGCUUUAAAAAAAAUAAAGAAGGAAUGUAUCUCCUUUGCCAUGUUAUUUGGGGGGCUUUGGGAGUAUUGUUCCUUCGCUCCUGACAUGGGUUUUGCCUUUCUUUCUUUAGAUGGCCUUUAAUGUGUAAUUUGAUUUUUGAUACUUCAUGGAUAAAAUAAAUAUUUAACUGUGUUUUCUGUGUAUUUGGAAAAUUGAAUCCCACUUGUACAGAUGUAAGCUUAUGAAUUUGCAUGUGUGUAAAAAAAAAAAAAAAA